AUGCAAUCAUCUAAAAGCUGUUAUAUAAGAGGAAAGAAUUACAAAUUUUCUCUUUUAUUAAAAAUAAUUACAUCUUUAAUUUUAGUAGGAUUACCAUAUCACGUAUCCUAUACUAAUAAUAACUCUAAUAGUACCUGGGGCAAUAAUAAUAAAAAUGAUCCGAAUCAAAUUAAUAAAUUACUUAAAAGAAUAUUAAGUGAGUUAGAUGAAAUAAAUGGAUCUAAAUCAGAAGUAAGAGAUAUAUAUUUUGAGAAUCCAGAAAAUAAUGAAGAAAACGAAAUAGAUAUUUUAGAUCCAAAUGUUAGUGACAAUAUAUACUUAGAUAAGUUAUUUGGUGAAGAACCAUUGAAUGAAUAUGCAGAUAAUAAUGAAGAAGAUGAUGAUGAUGAUAAAAAAAAAGAAUUAGAAGAAAAUGAAGAAUCUGAUACUGAUUCUGUAAAUAGCAAUUUAAGUGAUACACAAUAUGAACAAACGGAUAAUGGUGCAUUAGACAACGACCUAGAAACUGAAGAUAAUAACAAAGAAGAGAAAGAAGAAAACGAAGAAAACGAAGAAAAAGAAGAGAAAGAAGAAAACGAAAGUGAUGAAAUAAGCACUAAUGCCUCCGAUGGCGUAGAAACGCCAGAAGACACAUCUGAACCAGAUAGUGAUAGCACUGUAGUGGGCCAGGUUGAACAGGUCGAAGUAGAACAGGUUGAACAAGUAGAACAACCUGAACAGGUAGAAGUAGAACAGGUUGAACAAGUAGAACAACCUGAACAGGUAGAAGUAGAACAAGUUGAACAAGUAGAACAACCUGAGCAAAUAGAAGUAGAACAGGUUGAACAAGUAGAACAACCUGAACAGGUAGAAGUAGAACAAGUUGAACAAGUAGAACAACCUGAACAGGUAGAAGUAGAACAAGUUGAACAAGUAGAACAACCUGAGCAAAUAGAAGUAGAACAAGUUGAACAAGUAGAACAACCUGAGCAAAUAGAAGUAGAACAAGUUGAACAAGUAGAACAACCUGAACAAAUAGAAGUAGAACAAGUUGAACAAGUAGAACAACCUGAACAUGUAGAAGUAGAACAAGUAGAAGAAAAAGAACAACCUGAACAAGUAGAAGAAGAAAAAGAAAUUGAACAACCUGAACAAGUAGAGGUAGAACAUGUUGAAGAAGUAGAAUCUGUUGAACAACCUGAACAAAUAGAAGUUGUUGGAGAACAAGAAAUUGAACAACCUGAACAGGUAGAAGUAGAACAAGUUGAACAACCUGAACAGGUAGAAGUAGAACAAGUUGAACAACCUGAGCAAAUAGAAGUCGAACAAGUUGAACAACCUGAACAAGUAGAAGUAGAACAAGUUGAACAACCUGAGCAAAUAGAAGUAGAACAGGUUGAAGAAGUAGAACAGGUUGAAGAAGUAGAACAUGUUGAACAACCUGAACAGGUAGAAGUAGAACAAAUUGAAGAAGAAAAAGAAAUUGAAGAACCUGAACAACCUGAACAAAUAGAAGUGGUUGGAGAACAAGAACUUGAACAACCUGAACAGGUCGAAGUAGAACAGGUUGAAGAAGUUGAACAAGUUGAACAGGUAGAAGUAGAACAUGUUGAACAACCUGAACAGGUCGAAGUAGAACAAAUAGAAGAAGAAAAAGAAAUCGAACAACCUGAACAAAUAGAAGAAGAAAAAGAAAUCGAACAACCUGAACAAAUAGAAGAAGAAAAAGAAAUCGAACAACCUGAGCAAGUAGAAGUAGAACAAGUUGAACAACCUGAACAAAUAGAAGUAGAACAGGUUGAAGAAGUAGAACAUGUUGAACAACCUGAACAAAUAGAAGUAGAACAGGUUGAAGAAGUAGAACAGGUUGAAGAAGUAGAACAAGUUGAACAACCUGAACAGGUAGAAGUAGAACAGGUUGAAGAAGAAAAAGAAAUCGAACAACCUGAGCAAAUAGAAGUAGAACAGGUUGAAGAAAAAGAAAUUGAACAACCUGAGCAAAUAGAAAUAGAACAGGUUGAAGAAGUAGAACAAGUUGAACAACCUGAACAAAUAGAAGAAGAACCAGUUGAACAAUCUGAGCAAAUAGAAGUGGUUGGAGAACAAGAAAUUGAACAGCCUGAGCAAGUAGAAGUAGAACAAAUUGAAGUAGAACAAGUUGAACAACCUGAACAAAUAGAAGUAGAACAGGCUGAAGAGGCUGAAGAAAAAGAAAUUGAACAACUUGAGCAAGUAGAAGUAGAACAAGCUGAAGAGGCUGAAGAAAAAGAAAUUGAACAACUUGAGCAAGUAGAAGUAGAACAGGCUGAAGAGGCUGAAGAAAAAGAAAUUGAACAACUUGAGCAAGUAGAAGUAGAACAGGCUGAAGAGGCUGAAGAAAAAGAAAUUGAACAACCUGAGCAAAUAGAAGUAGAACAGGCUGAAGAAAAAGAAAUUGAACAACUUGAGCAAGUAGAAGUAGAACAGGCUGAAGAACCUUUUGAACAAGUAGAAGUAGAACAGGUUGAAGAAGAACCUGUUGAAGAAGUAGAACAAAUAGAAGUAGAACCUGUUGAACAACCUGAACAAAUAGAAGUAGAACAUGUUGAACAAUAUGAACCAGUAGAAGUAGAACAUGUUGAACAAUAUGAACCAGUAGAAGUAGAACCAGUUGAACAACCUGAACAAAUAGAAGUAGAACAUGUUGAACAAUAUGAACCAGUAGAAGUAGAACAUGUUGAACAAUAUGAACCAGUAGAAGUAGAACAUGUUGAACAAUAUGAACCAGUAGAAGAAGAACCAGUUGAACAAUAUGGACCAGUAGAAGUAGAACAUGUUGAACAAUAUGAACCAGUAGAAGUAGAACAUGUUGAACAAUAUGAACCAGUAGAAGUAGAACAUGUUGAACAAUAUGAACCAGUAGAAGUAGAACAUGUUGAACAAUAUGAACCAGUAGAAGUAGAACCUGUUGAACAAUAUGAACCAGUAGAAGUAGAACAUGUUGAACAAUAUGAACCAGUAGAAGUAGAACAUGUUGAACAAUAUGAACCAGUAGAAGUAGAACCUGUUGAACAAUAUGAACCAGUAGAAGUAGAACAUGUUGAACAAUAUGAACCAGUAGAAGAAGAACCAGUUGAACAAUAUGAACAAGUAGAAGUCGAACCUGUUGAACAAUAUGAACAAGUAGAAGUAGAACCUGUUGAACAAGUAGAAUCAGUUGAAGAAGAAUCUAUUGAAGGAGAUUCGGUUGAAGAAGAAUCAACUGAGGAAGAAUCAGGUGAAGAAGAAGAAUCAGAUGAAGAAGAAGAAUCAGAUGAAGAAGAAGAAUCAACUGACGAAGAAGAAUCAACUGACGAAGAAGAAUCAGAUGAAGAAGAAGAAUCAACUGAAGAAGAAGAAUCAACUGAAGAAGAAGAAUCAGAUGAAGAAGAGGAACAUGUUGAAGAAGUAGAACAUGUUGAAGAAGUAGAACAUGUUGAAGAAGUAGAACAUGCUGAACAACCUGAACAAAUAGAAGUAGAACAUGCUGAACAACCUGAACAAAUAGAAGUAGAACAUGCUGAACAACCUGAACAAAUAGAAGUAGAACCUGUUGAACAAUAUGAACAUAUAGAAGUAGAAUCUAUUGAAAGAGAGAAACAGGAUGAAGAAGAAAGAAUUAUAAUGCGUUUGAGAAACAACGCAAAUAGUUUAUAUGAACUAUUUUCUCUUAUGGGUAUGAAUCCAUCUUUAAUUAUGAAUCCAGAUCAAUUUAGUGAUGAUGAAUUAAUAAGAAUGUUCAAAGAGUAUCAAGCUAAUCUUAAUAGAGAAUUUAAUUUGGGAUUCGAUACAAUGAAUAAACCCGAACAAAAAGAAAAUGGAGACAUAGGAGAAGCCUCUAAUAAUGCUGCUGAAUUGAAGGAAAAUAUGAACGAUUUAUUAAAAGAUACAAUCGAAAUUUCAAAGGAAAGUAUAAAAGAGCAUGAUGCUCAGUCAAUUAUGUUUACUCGCAAAUUUAUAAAACAUGUUUCAGGCUAUGAUAUUCAAAAAGCAAAAGACCAUCCAACAGAUGAAGAUUCUAAGGAAAUUAAAAAAUAUACAAUGGGAAAGGGAUAUCGAGGCAUGAUUAAUUAUUAUAGAUUAUUAGCUUUUAAAAAAUUAAGAGAAUUAGUAACACUUGCAGUAAAUAAAUUACAAAAUAGUGUUAAAACAUUGUAUGGUCGAUUUAAAACUACAAAGGUAUUUGAAUAUAUAGAUAAACAUAUGCAAAGGAUGAUAAUGAUUAGAGAUAAGGUUACACCUUAUUUAGAUAAAGUUGGAAUAAAUAAAAAGAACUUUAAAAAGGGAUUAGAGAUAACAAAAGAAAUUAUAAUUAAAAUAUCUGUAUUCACUUUAGAAGCAUUAAGACCCAUAUAUGGGCUUGCCAAAAAAGGGGCCGAAUAUUAUGGAAUUGAUAGUUAUAUAAAGGAACUUGUAGAAUACAUAAAAGAAGAAUUAAGUUUUAGUAUAGCAUUAUAUGCUGGAUUAAGUGGAAUUGGAUAUUUACUUUUUAAUUCUGUAUAUGCUUCUAUAUUAUCUGCAUCAAUUAUAAUUUUAUUUAUUCCAUAUUUACUUGAUCGUAUACCAAGAAAUGAUUAA